CUUAUUUAAUCGUUUCUCCAACAUAUCUGAAUCUUCAUGCAUGAACCAUCCCAUCCAAAGACGUUCUCAUCCAUAACAUUGGAUCCUUACUCCAGUCUUGCCAUUUGCUGAAACUUAUUAGCGAUAUCGCACUCUUUAGAUAUAUUUUGCAGCCCUUUUUCUAUUAUUGCAACUACAAUUACUACACUGUUAUUACAAAAAAAACACACAGUUUUGACAUGGCUUCCACUCCAUUGACUGGUAUUCCUCCUACCCAACCCGGCUGUGGUGAUGUCUCAAUACACAAUCCUACCCCACGCUGCUUCAACAAUGAGAAUGGCGCUUCUUACAAUGAAUUGGGUUGUUUUCUCCAAAUGACUGGUCUCUUGUGUGCACCACUUGCUACUACUCGCGGGUUCCUUUUUACCGAUGACCCUUUCUCUCACCAUUUGGUCCCGUUAGUCCCACAAUUGUCGACUGUCACCAAUAGAAGCGCCACCAAUCCGCCCUCAAAUCUUGUUGGAAUUGAUAACCAGCCAGUCAAGUAUCAGGGCCCUGCUAGACUUGGCCAAUCUUGUGUAGGCAUCCCACUGCCUUCAACAACAGACCCAUUGUUUCGGACUUUGGCCAAUAUUGCUAACCAAAGACUCAAUGAGACUGUUGGUAGCUCACCAGGCGUAGGAGCAGGGCUUGAUGUCUUCAAUCUUCGGGGCGAUUGCCAGCGAGGAUCUUACUGUGAUUUGGCUACUCCGGGUAGUGGUGUUGGCACUUGCAAGGAGCAGCUGCCUAACUAUCAUGCUUGUUCCUCUUACAUGCAGUGUAUUUCCUUACGCUGUGACGAAUCUCUGGCGCCAACAGAGUUAUUAAGUAGAAGAAAGGCGAGAAGUACUGGUUCUUUUUUGAAUCUGUAUCAGUCUCGGAUUCAUAUUAUGGAGAAGCGAGCCAAACCGACUAUAUGUUUACCUUCUAAAAUUACCGAUGAUAACGGCCUUAACGAGCUUGGAGUGGGAUCAGGGACUAGAGGAGAUGACCAGACUAAUGGAGACGAUAGUGAGAGUGCUGAAGCGGAUGACCCGAAAUUUGCACCCUGGAUGGGGGCUGUUAUAGCUAUGGCCAUUAUUCUAGGGGCGGCAGUCAUUUUUGGCCUAGUACGGCGACGUAAGACGUUGAGGGAAAGGAACGAGAAGAGGAUAAAAGCUACAGAUCAAGAGAUUAAUAUGAGAGUCGUAUCAAGUGCUUCCACAUAUCAAACUAUACGACCAGGCACGGGUUCACAUCUAGCGACAGAUACUUCGGAUGUCUCAACUGAUCUGGAAACCUUCAGUAAGGAUACUAAGAACAAUAAGGACCACCACCACCACAUGUAAAAAACAUAGCAUUCAUUACCCUUAUCUAUCAGCGUCUCUCGUGUCAUUCUCCCUCCCCUCGACUAUAGGAUGUAAUUAAUUGAAGCGGUGAAGCCUCCCAUCACCACCUAUAGGACUUCACUUGGUAGUGGUUCAGCAUUAGCUACAAACGGACAUAAUUCUUUGCAUUGCUGCCAUAUAUUACAUUUAACUCUCAAGACAAAUCUCCAAGCAUGGGUUCUUGUCCUUCUCCUCAUCUGCUUCAUAGCAUGCGUCAUAGAUUGAUAUGUCAUUUUUCUCGUCGAUCUCACGUACCUACCUCAUCUAUUUUAUCUAUCUCACCUAUUUCACCUAUUUCACCUAUUUCACCUAUUGCACCGAGACAGGCGUUUUAAUAGCUUAAUAUCUGACUUCUGCAUCGCCUGAAUAAUCAAAUUAGUUCUUGACAACCAUAAAUUAAGAUACAGGAUCUACAUAUUUGUAAUCUUACUCAUAAUAAAAC